AUGGUUAUUUUUUUUGUUUUUUUUGUUUUUCCAUUUGUAACUAAUAUUUUUGUAGAUUCAUUAAAAGAAAAUUUACGUGUAUCUAAGUGUAAUGUUACAGAAAAAAAAAAUGAAAUAAAAUUUGAAGAUAAAAAUAAGGAGAUUUCUACUAUAAUACUGAAGGGAGGUUACAUCAAUAGGCAAUUUAUUGGUGAAAUAAGUAUUGGAAAUCCUCCUCAGGCAUUUAAAGUUCUUUUUGAUACUGGUAGUACAAAUUUAUGGAUACCAUCAAAAAAUUGUUAUUCAAAGGGUUGUAAUAAUAAAAGAAAAUAUGAUCAUAAAAUUUCAAAAAAUUAUAAAUUAAUUAAAAAUAGAAACCCUGUAGAAAUUCUAUUUGGAACCGGAAAAAUUCAAAUGACUUACGUAUCUGACGAUAUUCAUUUAGGAGAUAUUAAGGUAAAUAACCAAGAAUUUGGAUUAGCUAGCUAUAUGUCUGAUGACCCUUUUUCUGACAUGCUAUUUGAUGGAUUAUUUGGAUUAGGAAUUUUAGAAGAUAACAAAAAAAAACAGUUAAUAUAUGAUAAUAUACCAAGGAUUAAUUCUAAAAAAAACAUUUUCUCUGUUUAUUAUCCCAAAAAUGUUAAUGAUAAUGGUGCAAUAACAUUUGGCGGUUAUGAUAAAAAAUAUAUAGAACCAAAUUCAGAAAUAGAUUGGUUUGAUGUUUCAUCUAAAAAGUAUUGGGCAAUUAAAAUGAUAGGAUUAAAAGUUAAUGGUGUACUUUUAGAUAUAUGCUCAAAAAAUAAUGGUGGAUACUGCGAAGCAGUUAUUGACACUGGAACAUCAAGUAUAGCUGGUCCUAAGGAUGAUUUAAUAUUAUUAACAAGUUUAUUAUAUCCUGGAAAAUCAUGUUAUAAUAAAAUGUUCUUAAAAAACUUUUCUUUCAUCUUAAGUGAUGAAAAUGGUAUACAUAGAGAAUAUGAAUUAACACCUAAAGAUUAUAUUUUAAAUUCAUUUAAGAAUGAUCCUAUUUUUAAAGUUCCAUGCAAUUUUGCUUUUAUGCCAAUUAAUAUUUCUUCUAAUAGUGGAUAUUUAUAUAUUCUUGGGCAAAUAUUUUUACAGAAAUAUUAUGCAAUAUUUGAAAAAGAUAAUAUGAAAAUAGGUUUAGCGAAGUCUAUAUGA